ACGAAAACGUGCUUUUAUAUCAGUGUUACAGAUUCACAAUACCGAGCGUGUCUCAACCCGUACCGCGCAUUUAUCUGCCUAAAGGUAUCUUCACGCAUGACUGGAUAGGCCUUUUGGAUAUGCUUGUCCAAGGCCCAAGACAUAAAGUCGCCUGAAAGCUGUGUAGCAAUCAUUCCAUUGCUGACCCAUAGGAUGGUAAUCGCAUACAUGAUUGGCUUAAUCUAGAAUCAUGGAUACCUUUCAUACCCUCUCAUCACAAGUUGGAACUAGUGGUCAACAUUGGGACAAUGCAGCCAUAAAUAACAUGGACCAAUAUUUUCAUGGAGUGAGCAAGACCUGCCAGCAGAGCUCACUGGAGCAGGGAGACAUCCCGUCAUCCUUUAGGCACCUGACAAAGCCUGAGAUUCAGAUCCUGCUGAACGAUGUUAAGCAGUCGAUUAACCACAUGCAGGGGACGCUGAACACCAUGCAGGGGCAGUGUAUUGAGUUGCAGACUGCCAUAUCUAAGAUCAUCACAGCAGCCAAAGUUGCCGUGCAGAGGGAGGAGAUCCUCCGAGCAUCUGGCCUCAUCCCGUCACAGAGGGAGGGAUUUCUCUCUGCAGCUAGCAUCGCUGCACAGAGGGAGGGGAUCCUCCAAACAGCCAGUGUCCCUGCACAGAGGGAGGGGAUUCUCCCAGCAGCUAGCAUCACUGCGCAAAGGGAGGAGAUCCUCCGAUCAUCAGGCCUCAUCCCUGAAGAGAGGGAGGACAUCCUCCUCACAGCCAGUGUCCCUGCACAGAGGGAAGGGAUCCUCCAAACAGCCAGUGUCCCUGCACAGAGGGAGGAGAUCCUCCGAGCAUCAGGCCUCAUCCCUGCACAGAGGGAGGGGUUCCUUCGUGCAUCAGUUCUCAACCCGUCACAGAGGGAGGGGAUUCUUCCAGCAUCUUCUAUCACUGCGCAGAAGAAGAAGAUCCUCAGAGCAUCAGGCCUCAUCCCUGCACAAAAGGAGUUGAUCCUCCUGAUGGCCAGUGUCACUGCGCAGAGGAAGAGAAUCGUGCCAAUGGCCAGCGUUCCUGCGCACAGGGAGGGAAUUGUCCCAAAGGCUAGUGUCUCUGCUGAGAGGGAGGGGAUCCUCCAAACAGCCAGUGUCCCUGCACAGAGGGAGGGGAUUCUCCCAGCAGCUAGCAUCACUGCGCAGAGGGAGGAGAUCCUCCGAUCAUCAGGCCUCAUCCCUGAAGAGAGGGAGGACAUCCUCCUCACAGCCAGUGUCCCUGCACAGAGGGAAGGGAUCCUCCAAACAGCCAGUGUCCCUGCACAGAGGGAGGAGAUCCUCCGAGCAUCAGGCCUCAUCCCUGCACAGAGGGAGGGGUUCCUCCGUGCAUCAGUUCUCAACCCGUCACAGAGGGAGGGGAUUCUUCCAGCAUCUUCUAUCACUGCGCAGAAGAAGAAGAUCCUCAGAGCAUCAGGCCUCAUCCCUGCACAAAAGGAGUUGAUCCUCCUGAUGGCCAGUGUCACUGCGCAGAGGAAGGGAAUCGUCCCAAUGGCCAAGGUCCCUGCGCACAGGGAGGGGAUUGUCCCAAAGGCUAGUGUCCCUGCUAAAAGGGAGGAGAUCCUCCGAGCAUCAGGCCUCAUCCCUACACAAAGGGAGGGGAUCCUCCAAACAGCCAGUGUCCAUGCACAGACGGAGGGGGUUCUCCCAGCAGCUAGCAUCACUGCGCAGAGGGAGGAGAUCCUCCGAGCAUCAGGCCUCAUCCCUGAAGAGAGGGAGGAGAUCCUCCUCACAGCCAGUGUCCCUGGGAAGAAUGGAAACAAUCAUCCACAACCACCUCCCAUCAUCCCCAUGGUGUCACCACUGUGGAAAUGGGAUGGUGGAGCGUGUACUCCACCUGUGGAUUUCUAUUCCAAGAGAAGAGAUGUCCGACUUAGAUAUGUUGAGCAUCUUGCUAUGAUGUCCAUCACCAAGCCGGAACACUCCGAGGCCAACCCUCAGUGCCAGACUGGCAGCCGGCCGGUGGCUGAGCCCGAGACCCCUGCUGUUCACAAUAACAGUGGAGGCUGGCUCAGCUGGGUCUUUGGGAGUGGAAGAGUUAAUAAGGAGGUUCAUCUACCUGAGGACAAAGACAGAUCUAUUGUCUGGGAUCCAACUCUGCACAGAUGGGUUAACAAAACUGAGCCCAAGGCUGAGAACAAGUGUGUACCACCACCUUCACCGAAGGGGACAUAUGGAUAUCAGGGGAACACUGGCAAUGUCCCCAAAGGAGUGAAUCCUUACUCUAUGAAAACAGCAGGUCUAUGGGGCAGCAGAUACCCUACAAUGCAUGACAAUGAUGGGACCAACUCAAAGCCUCCAAGCCAUGGGCCUGGACUGCUUCCUAGACAGCUCUCUGGCUUGCUCCCUCCUUCACACUUUGACCUCAUGGCACCAAUGGUUGUGCCACCUGACACUCUACCCUACUGAGGCCAUUUGCCCAGAGUGGAUUUGCCAUACAUAGAUUUUUUCAGCAUUAAAAAACUUCAGCAUUAAAAAUGUAUUAAAAGAUGAUCUUUUAAUUAAAUCUCUCCUUUGUGUCCUCAUGUUCACAUUAAUUUGAUGUGUUCUACCAUCAUUUACAAUGCUUAUUGCUUCUGCAUUGCUUUACGUUACAGAGAAGUAUAUAUUAUACACAUAUUUUAUUUUAGACAUUACAAAAACAUAUUUUUGAGCAUUUUGGAUUUCCUACAUUUACUUACUUACUGUACUUACUGUAUAUAUUUUAUACAUAUAUAUAUAUUUUUUUAACUACAUUUUUUAAUGUAUUCCAUA